AUGGUCAGCUUAAUUCCCAGUUUCAUGGGGUACAAUGGCUCCUCCAAUGAUAAGUAUAUAUCGCCAACAAUAUGUGCAAGUGAUCUGAUGUCGGAUAAUUCUUUGAAGUUACACCAAGCAAAUUCGACAGCAUCAAACUCUGCGAGAAACCAAUUGUCGAAACGAUUUGUUGAACCUAUUGGAAUAGAGGUAAAGGAAGCCAACUACAAGGUUAAUGUUCCUGAUUUUGCUAAUUUGCCCCCAUUGCAAUUGGGAUCCAAACUCAUCUCCAACAUAAACAAGAUUGAUUCGAGCAUUCCUCAUGACAUAUACUACUCGGAGAGUCUCAGCAAAACCGAGUCAAGUUUAGACAAUUACUACUUUGAUUAUGAAAAUGGCUUAAAGGAUUUUUCCCGGUUUGAAAAGGUUGAGCAGAUUGAUUUACCUGAUACGUUUUUCGAACAACACAAUCAAACUGAAUGCAGCACUAAAAUUGGCUUAUUUCCCGAAAUUGAACGCACAUGGAUUGCUGUUGAUAAUAAAUUGAUGUUAUGGAACUACCGAAUUCCUCAGUCAUCUUUCAACAAGUCAUCGCAGUUCCUCACAAUAGAUCAGAUUCAAAACACGGUAUUGGCUGUCAAGUUGGUAAAACCAAAGGAAGGAGUGUUUGCAAAAGAAAUCAACCAUUUAUUGGUUGUGGCAACUACAACAAGCAUUCAAAUCUUUUUGAUCAAAUACGACAAAGCCCUUAAUAAUUUAGAGGUUUUGAACCUAGAUCUAUCCGUUUCCACCCACGGCUUAGCCGUUGACAGUUUUGUAGUUCAUCCCAAGACGAACGACAUUUUCUUCAGUGGAGAAACUGAUGGAGUAAAUAUCUGGAGAUUGGACUACUCGAAUAAGUCUACAUUUACCAAAAACAGAUGUGACAAAGUUUGUUUAACCAAAGCCGGCUUUAGUAGUGUUAUUCCCUUCCUGGGAUUUGGCUUUGCAUCUGGGACAUCAAUUACGGCUGAUUCGUCAGCAAAGAACAUUCCAGAAAGGAUCGUGCAAUUGGAAAUAGACGGAAGUCGAGAUAUUUUGUACUCCCUUUCAAACAAAUCUGUCAUUCGUGUCUACAAGCUUUUGCCAAAACAAGAUCAUCUCACAGAAGGAAGCACAUUAACGCCUAAUCAAAUUUUCAAGUCGGCAUCGGCAAUUUUUGUCGACGCAAGCAACUUUAAAGUCUUCGAACGCUUCAAAAUCAUUAGCAUACACAGAAUUUCCCCAGAAGAAUCAUCUAUUGUACAACUAAUCGCAACAACUAGCAACGGGUCAAGGAUUUUACUAAAGUUGGGAUCGACGACGACAUUCUCCACCUUGCUCACCUCAUCGUUGUCUGCCGCACAAGCAUUGAAACUCAAUCUCGUCAAUAUCAAAUUCCCACCCGCUAGAGAGAUCCCCACGAUCAACAACGAGCUUGAUGCAUUUACCAGAGACAGACAGUACAUUUCUCAAGUCAUUGCUAAUCAACAAAAGUCCCAGCUUUUGAAGAACGCAAAAAUUGCAAAAAUCAUCAGUCCUGGUGUGUUUCUUUGUGUGAAGAAAACUAAGAGGUCGGAUAAACUAUUCAUCGCCAGUGCUAAUUUUGGAUAUCUCAAAAAGAAUAAUAAACUUGUUGAAGAUGCCGAGUUUACAAAGUAUACAGCCAAUGAGGAUGCGCCUUAUACGUAUAUUCAGGAUAUUGUCCAAUUAACUCCAUCAAUGAACGCGACAAAUACACCAAACGGAUAUUCCAAUGUAGCUGCAAGCCAGUAUACCAAAGAGCCAUUAAGGUUUGCCAUAUUAACCAACUUUGGACUUGUCAUUUAUCAAUUCAAGACUUCAGACCAAAUAUUGAGGUCCUUAACUGAUGAGGUCAUUGAAAACUUUAUUGAGGAAAAUGGAUACGAAGAGACUUGCUCUACUUUGUUGUAUUUGGCAUGUUCAUAUGGGCAGUACAGCUCGAAUGAUAUUUUCCAAAGAAAGGCUCAAGUUUUGUUUUCAACUUGUGGAAAUAAUGCAAGAUUAACCGAAACUAGAACAGCACCGCAGCCAACUAGCUUGAUCCCACACCAUGCGCUGUUGCAAAAUUACACCACCCAUCCUACUGUAGACCAGGUCAUCCUUAGUGACCGUUUGUAUGGUACAUGUUUGCUAAUGGGAAGAUUUCUUCGAGAUAUAUGGGACAAAAAGGUCUUUGGCGCGUUGCCGAGUGUUAAGAUUACGCCUACCGGCCUGAUUGAAAUUGCCAGUAUUAAAGAUAACAAGGUUGUUAUUGGGAGCUUGAAUAUUGAUAAGAACCAGAUUGAAUAUUUCAUAGGAACUAUCGUGGUUCUAAUUGACUUUUUUGUUCAAAAUGAAAGUAACAUCCAAGGCUUAAGUGCCCCUAAUUACAGUUCCGAUCCAAACCAAUUUGAAAACGAAGUGUGUUUGAGAGCUGAGAGCAUUGCUUUUACAUCAAUCUUUAAAUCCUUAACUUCCAUGAAGGAAGCCUUUUCGUUUUUGAUGGUUGUUUUAGAGGAACUUCAAUGCAACCAAAAUAACUUUAAUGCGCUUUUUGAGUUUCUUUCCCUCACAAACCAAGCAAAUCUUUUGACAAUUAGUUUUAGGGAUUUGUUGUUGCCAUCAAGAGAUGUUAAAGCGUUGAUUAAGGACCUCUUAUCGUCCAUUAUUAAUAGCAAUAUUAGCAGAGGAGGGUCAAUUGAUUUUAUUGCAUCUUCGUUGCAAACACGAUGCGGGUCUUUUUGCUCCACCAAUGAUGUUUUCAUUUUUAAGGCUAUAGAGAAUCUAACUCGUGCCAAAAAGAUUGCCUCUAGAGACUCCGAAUUAAAAUUGAAGUGCUUGAGAAAUUCCGUUCUUUUGUUUGAAGAAGCGUACGAGACUUUAACGCUCGACCAUUUAACUUAUGCGGUGGAUGUUAUGGUGGAUCUUGAGUACUACUCUGGUGCCAUAGGAAUGUUGUUGGACAUUGCCAAGAAAUUGGGCAAUAAUGUCAAACCCCCAAACUUUGCCUACAGUCAGGUUAAUGAAAGCUUGAUCAGUAAGGACCAUUUAGAAAUUGAGUCCAAGGUGAGGAAGAUAUAUGACACUGUGUUUUCUGUUUUACAAAAAGUGGACAAUAAAGCGUUAAAGGUUGUCGAAUCUAACAAUCAACUUCUUAUUAAUUCAUUUUUUGAAAUCAGAGACUUGGCAUAUGACACUUGUUUUGCAUCCAAAAGUGAAGAGUUCCAAUAUGCAUUUUAUGAUUGGUUCAUUGAUCAGGGUAUAAGUGACCGAUUGUUGGAUGUCAACACGCUGUAUAUUUUGCCAUAUUUGGAGAAGCGAUCGGAAAGCAGUGUUGCUUUAAGCAAUGUUUUGUGGUUAUACUACGCAAAGAGAGAAAGGUACUAUGAUGCUGCAAAAAUCUUGUACGCGUUGUCCAUUUCUCAAUUCAAUCUUGAAUUGGCCCAACGAAUUGAGUACUUGUCGAGAGCUAAUGGAUUUUGCAAUUGUGUGUGCCCGCCAAAUUUAAGACAGGAGAUGAUCCAACUUUCAUCAACCAUUCAUGAACUUUUCGACGUGGCAAAUGUUCAGUUAAGUUUGCUCAAUAGGAUCGAACGGGAUUCAAGAAUCAGUAAGGAGAACAAAGCUCGUGCAACCGAAUCGUUAAACUUUAAGAUAUUACCUAUAAGUGACUUAUUUAACACAUACGUUGAUCCUUUAGGUUAUUAUGAUUUAUCGCUUUUGAUCUUUAAAAUAUCAGAUUACAAAAACAGUGAUGAUAUAUUAAAAAGAUGGGAAUUGUUAUUUGACAAGUUGUUGCAUGACUCAAAAACGUCAAAAGAGCCAUUCUAUGUUUUAUUGAGUGAUGAGUUCACUCUCAAUGGUCCUAAAUUAUCCUCCAAUGACAUUGUUUUCCCGGUUGAGGAGCUUGUAAAGUUGGUCAAGAAAAAUCUUAAAAAAGCGAUUGAGAGUGAGCUGGUAUCGCAGAAACCAGCGAAAGGAUUUAUGACUGACUUGUUGAUGAAGGCGGGUGUCAGUGCUGAAAGAUUGGCGUAUAUUGCUGAUGUGUUGGAGAAUGAGGUUUAG